AGAGAGGAGGAGAGGAGGAGAGAGAGAGAGAGAGAGAGAGAGAGAGGAGGCUGUAGUCGCAUCCCUCCAGAGGAGUAGGCGUGAUCUUGUGCGCUGCAUCGUUUGAUGAUCUCACCGGUUCCCAACCUGAAACCUCCACUCUCUCCUCUGCUCUCCUCCGGGGUGAGGUCGGUCAAACAAAGCGACAGAGCGGACUUUUCCCUGCCGGAGGAGUCGACUUUCCACCGGGCAGCAGAGCAGUGUGCACCGCGCCGGUCAGCAGGAGCCACUUUGGAUAACUCACCCAGCUGAGGAUCCAAAGCUUUUUUUUGUGUGUGCCAAGGCGCAUCAUCGCUUCAUACCAGCUGAACACAUGUACCAGGAGAAUUUUUUUAGUCAGACAGCAGACGUGACUUUUUUUUGAUUUUUUCUCCAUUUUCCCUCCUUUUUCUUUUCACUUUUGGAUUCUCUGGAGAGGAGGAGGAGGGGAAAAAAAAUCCGAGGUGGCAGCAUAAGCAAACCCAAAACUCGCUCUGUGCGCGUAAAAGGGAGGGUAUUUUUUUUUUGCCCCAAGAUGCAGGUGGGUCGGAGUUCCAGAGCGUGGUGGUGCGCGUGUCUGUUUCUACUUUUCUCAACUCUGAGCACCAGGGUCAGUGAGGUGGGAGGAACCCACCAAAGCAUCCCUGCGUCCGUGGUGAAGCUGUGGGCUUCAGCAUUUGGUGGGGAGAUGAAGUCCAUCUCGGCAAAGUACUCCGGCUCCCAGCUGCUGCAGAAGAAAUACAAGGAGUUUGAGCGGGCGGUGCGGGUGGAGGAGAUUGAUGGGCUGCGGCUGGUAAAGAGGCUGGCUGAGGACAUGGAGGAGAUGUUUCACAAGAAAGCCGAGGCUAUGAAGAGACUGGUCGAGGCGGCGGAGGAAGCCCACCUACAGCACGAGGAGGACCCAGACCUACAGUAUGAAUACUUCAACGCAGUGUUGAUCAAUGAGGUGGACGACGAAGGGAACAGCGCAGAGCUGGGAGGAGAAUUCAUCCUGCAACCCAACGACCACUUUAACAACCUGUCAGUCAACCUCAGUCUCAGCGUGGUCCAGGUGCCCACCAACAUGUACAACAAAGACUCUGCAAUCGUCAACGGAGUGUUCUGGUCCGAGGCCUUGAAUAAAGUGUUUGUGGAUAACUUUGAGAGGGACCCAUCACUCAUAUGGCAGUACUUCGGCAGUGCCAAAGGCUUUUUCAGGCAGUACCCAGGGAUCAAGUGGAAGCCGGAUGAACACGGGGUCAUAGCGUUUGACUGUCGCAACCGGAAGUGGUACAUCCAGGCUGCCACCUCCCCAAAGGACGUGGUCAUCCUGGUGGAUGUCAGCGGCAGCAUGAAAGGCCUCAGGCUGACCAUCGCCAGGCAGACAGUCUCCUCCAUACUGGACACUCUCGGAGACGACGACUUUUUUAACAUCAUCGCAUACAAUGAGGAAUUGCAUUAUGUGGAGCCGUGCCUAAAUGGAACUCUGGUUCAAGCAGAUGUCACCAACAAAGAUCAUUUCCGGGAGCACCUCGACAAGCUGUUUGCUCAAGGCAUCGGUAUGUUAGACAUAGCUCUGACUGAGGCCUUCAAUCUUCUGGGUGACUUCAACGAGACUGGGAGGGGUAGCGAGUGUAGCCAGGCCAUUAUGUUGGUGACAGAUGGGGCCGUGGACACAUAUGAUGCCAUCUUUGCCAAGUACAACUGGCCAGACAGGAAGGUCCGCAUAUUCCCUUACCUGAUUGGUCGAGAGUCAGCCUUCGCAGAUAAUCUCAAAUGGAUGGCAUGUGCCAACAAAGGCUACUUCACUCAGAUUUCCACAUUGGCAGAUGUGCAGGAGAAUGUGAUGGAGUACCUCCACGUGCUGAGUCGUCCCAAGGUAAUCGACCGGGAGCACGACACGGUGUGGACCGAGGCCUACAUCGACAACACUCUCCCCCAAGCACAAAAGAUGGAUGACGGCAAGGAUCGGGUUCUGAUGACCACAGUGGCAAUGCCAGUGUUCAGUACCAAGAAUGAGACCAGGAACCGUGGCAUCCUGCUAGGGGUGGUUGGGACGGACGUGCCUGUCUCUGAGCUGCUCAAGACCAUCCCCAAAUACAAGCUGGGCAUUCACGGCUACGCCUUUGCAAUCACCAACAACGGCUACAUCCUCACCCAUCCAGAUCUACGGCCACUUUAUGGAGACAGCAAGAAGCGAAGGAAGCCAAACUACAGCAGCGUGGAUCUGUCUGAGGUGGAGUGGGAGGACAAGGACGACACGCUGAGAAAUGCCAUGGUCAACAGGAAGACGGGGACCUUCUCCAUGGAGGUGAAGAAGAGUGUUGACAAAGGGAAACGUGUGCUGGUGUUGCAUAAUGAUUACUACUACACAGACAUCAAGGGGACUCCUUUCAGUCUAGGGGUAGCUCUUUCCAGAGGCCACGGAAAGUAUUUUUUCAGAGGGAAUGUCACAGUGGAGGAAGGACUUCAUGACUUGGAGCAUCCUGAUGUAGCGCUGGCAGAUGAAUGGACGUACUGCAACACAGACGAGCACCCAGAGCACCGCUACCUGUCCCAGAUGGAGGCAAUCAAACUCUACCUCAAUGGACACGAACCCCACCUACAAUGUGACAAGGAGCUGGUUCAGGAGGUUCUCUUCGACGCGGUGGUGACUGCCCCUCUGGAGGCCUACUGGACGAGCCUCGUGCUAAAUAAGUCAGAGAACUCUGAUAAAGGGGUGGAGAUCGCCUACCUAGGCUCAAGAACAGGCCUGUCCAGAAUUAACCUGUUUGUGGUGCCGGACGAGCUUACAAACCAAGACUUCCUGACAGCUGAAGACAAAGAGGGGGUGUUCAACGCCGAUCAUUUUCCCCUGUGGUACAAGAGAGCGGCAGAACAAGUUCCUGGCACCUUUGUCUACUCUCUACCUUUCAACUCAGGAUCAGAAAACAAGAGUGUCGUAUUGGCCAGCACCGCCAUUCAGCUUCUGGAUGAGAGGAAAUCACCCAUAGCUGCGGCUGUGGGCAUCCAGAUGAAACUGGAGUUCUUUCAGAAGAAAUUCUGGACAGCCAGCCGACAGUGUGCAGCAUUAGAUGGGAAAUGCUCCAUAAGCUGCGAUGAUGAGAACAUUAACUGCUACCUCAUUGACAACAACGGCUUCGUUUUGGUAGCGGAGGACUAUACUCUGACAGGGAAAUUCUUUGGAGAGGCAGAGGGGGCUGUAAUGAGUAAGCUUCUGCAGAUGGGCUCCUUCAAGAGGGUCACUCUGUACGACUACCAGGCUCUAUGUUGGGUUUUUUCAGAGAGUAGUGACAGUGGACACACACUGUUGGAUCCUUACUUUGCUUUCUUCUCAGCCAUGAAGUGGAUCCUGACUGAACUUGUCAUAUUCCUGGUGGAGUUUAACUUGUACAGCUGGUGGUACUCCGACUUCACAGCUAAAGCUCAGCGGAUAGGUCGGACCAUGCAGGUACCAUGUGACACAGAGUACCCGGCCUUCGUCUCCGAGAGGACCAUCAAAGAGAACAUGGGCAAUGUCGACUGCGACGGCUGCGUCAAAGAGACAUAUUGGAUGUCUUUGUUGUCCAUUUCUCUGCUGGCCAAAAUCACUAAAAAGCCACAGCACUGGGAGACCAUGUCAAGAAGACCACAGUCUUUACCGUCUGUGUGCUUGUCCUUUGUGAUCCAGCAGAUCCCCAGCAGUAACCUCUUCAUGGUGGUGGUGGACAACAAGUGUGACUGCAGCCUGUUUGAGCCAAUCACCAUGGACCCCAUCGAAAUCAUGUAUAAUGAAUCUCUCAAAUGCGAGAGGUUGAAGAUGCAAAAGGACAGGAGGCGCCCAGAUACCUGUCACCCUUUCCACCCAGAGGAGAACUCAAUGGAGUGCGGAGGAGCUGUGGGUCUCGCCCCGUCUCUCCUAGCAACACUGCUCUGCGUCCUCCUGGCGCUGUUCCCUAGGUGACCAGAGCUGGCCACGCCUCUCCAUCCAGAACUUGACUUGGAUCGGCUUGGCUCGGCAUGCAAAAGAAUCGCAGCGAUGCCACAGAAAAAAAAAAAAACCUUAUAAAACUGUGCCCAAUUCCAACUCACCACUUACAAAGCCCUGAGGUACCUCCCUACAAAAUACCUAUUUGAAAGGAUUGAUAAUGAUUAGCUAUUACAGCUGCUAAGUAGUGAUCAUUACGGUGCUUUAGCAAUAUCACAUAAGCUGCACGAAGGGGUUUUUGGGGAGAUGCAAAGUUUCGAACAUAGUAAUAAUGCUAACAAUGCACAUAGUAGCUUAAAAACUGCACAAGGGGUCCAGUAAAAACCCACUGACACUCACACCACUAUGUUCAGUCCUUUCAGGUAGCCGCUAAGGGCUAGGGUCUGUAGCUGGGCUUGGAACUGGGCAUAAGAGCCACGUAACACCUAUGUGGAGAGAGACAGGUGCACCUUUUCCCCCCGGCCCACUCUGACUUUUCAUGGACAAUAAUGAUUCUGAAGAUUAAAAAAAUAAUAAUACUGAAGAUGAUUAUAUGUGGCUGGGGUCGUAAGUGAAAUGUUUGUCUAAUAAUCUUUUUUUCAUGAUGAGAAAAAAAAUAAGUUCUAGUCUAUAUAUGAAGAAAAAAGAGUUUUAUUUAUGAUUUGCAAGUGGUACCCAUAAACUGUGACUAUGAGAUUUUGAGUCCUCUGACGUGAGUGGUUGUUAAUAUUUGAGCUUUGCCUUAUUGAACGAUAUUGGUCCUGUUUGUGUACUUUUGAAAUAAAAUGAUGUUUAAAAUCUA